ACAACUAUAAACGCACUGGCCUCUUCUUGUCCUUUUCUUUCUCCAACCGCCGACGCUUCUCUUCUUUCUUUCUCUCCCCUCACCAUCAUUCUUCUUCCACUUUUCACUCCUCUGUAAACAUCCACAUAACCCUUACCAUACACCUCAAAUAAAACCCGAACACGUCACAUCUCAAUUUUUAUAUAAAUAAAACCCCACACGUGGCAAAUAUUUGAUGAUUCGAGUAUUUUAGAUACUGUGAGUAUUACCAUACUCUAUCAAAACCAACCGAAAAAGGUGAAGUGGUUCCAUAAGAGAGAAGGGUUCGCUUAAACGUCUUUCUCUGGAGGUUUUCUCGGUUUCGUUUUUGCGUUGCUUUGAAGAUGCUGGUAGCUAAUAGUUUCGAUCUAUGGCGGAAAGAUACUUUCUUCUCUGCAGCGGAGGAGGUGCAGGAAUCAGCUGAUAUAAUGGAAUCAGCAUAUAGAGCAUGGUUAAGAGAGAGGAGAGAAAGGUCGAAUACUGUGGAUUUGAAUGAAUUAUGCAGGGAGCUUCAAACUGCUUUAGGUACUGCAAAAUGGCAGUUGGAAGAAUUUGAGAAAGCUGUCAGGCUAAGCUACCGACAUCUUGGUGAUGACAAUAGAGCCACUAGGCACAGGCAGUUUAUUUCUGUCAUGGAAAGCCAAAUUUCCCAGGUUGAAGUAACUCUGAGGGAGUUUUAUAUUGAGGAAGGUAAGCAACCCCUUCGGUGGGUGAAUCUUGAUGAAGACGAGCGAGAUGAUUUUGCCGCGUUUCUAUCUGGAACCUGCGAGAUAAUCCAAAGCACUAAAGAUGAAUGCAUGGAUGUUUCUCCUUCAACAAAAAUUUCACUUGGGCAGAAACAAGUCAACAAAGAAGAUAAAAUUGUAAAUGCUUUUUGCAGCUAUGAUAGUUCUACAAAUGAAAAGGCGUCUAUGGAUGCUAUUGCUUUUAACAAGGGCAGAGAUUAUGCAAUAGAAAUAAAAGCAGAUGACAUUUCUAGAAAUAGUGAUGAUAUAGUUUCUCAAACAGAUAUAACAACUAGUACAAGGAAGACAUGGAGUCCUCCACCAAAUUAUGCUGCUUUAAGAAUUGUAAUUGCCAAUGAAGAUGAGCAGAGGAAUAAACUCACACAGACCGUUGAUGCCACCCCUAAAGAUAAAGGAAUCAAACCACUCUUUUGGAAACAAAAAUUUGAAGAAUAUCCUCAGGCCAUGCGAGCAGUUCAUAUGUUCAAUCAGCUUUUUGGUCGCAUUGGUUUAUGCCAAAGAAAGCUUCAAAGUCCCUUACGUUUGCGACGCGGCCGUUCUCUUAAAGUUACACUUGCUCUAAUGAUUAUCAUUUUUCUCCUUGUUCCCUUUGUAUUUUAUUCAACAUGAGGCUAAACUGCUUCAAGAGGUGUUGAUGGUGAUGGAUAAAAAGGUCACUAGGUGUUUGAGAUACUUUCAUGUGCAGGAAAAAGGGACCAGUGAAGGGCAACCAACCAAUCAGUAUCAUCUUAUUAUAUUUAGUGGUUAUUAUUAGAAGAUUAAGCUGAAUGAAUUUACUCAUACAUGUGUAGUGUGUGGAAGCCGACAUGAUAACCAUUAUCAACCUCCUUUCUACAAGGAUAGGAAUAGGAUAGGUGUCUCUUAUAAGUGUAUAUACAUUCAUCAUAUAAUGUUUUAUUUAAUGUAGUAACUUCCACUAUGCUUGCAAGGAAUUGAAAGAUGUUCAUGUGACAA